CUGCAGCUGCAGCUCUAUCUCCUUCUUGCUCCUCGUUUUGCUGCACGCGCCUGAUCAGCUGAUGCGUCACGUGACUCGCUCUCAGCAAAAUGGAGUUGUCCGAGUCUGUGCAGAGAGGGCUGCAGUCUCUGGGCGAUCAGGCGGUGCUGGACCGCGGCAGCUUCCCGGUUGUAGUAGAUGCGUGUUUCAGGAGUCUGCUGUCGUCGCGCGGGGAUCCCGCCGUGCUCGAUCUGCCCGAGCUGAAGCACGUGGACAAGAUCCUGCUGAAGCAGAUCCACGCCGCCGCCACCACCUUCAUCCUGGAGGCGGUCAAACACAACGCGGAUAAAUCCACCAUAAGCUCCAGCCUGGAGGAGCUCACAUUCAACACAGAAAGAGUAGAAAUCUUUUAUAGCACCUUUCAGAAACAUAAAAAGGACUUGGAACUGCUUUUGUCCAGCAUAGGCAGAGGUCCAGCUCACAUUAAAGACGUCUCCUGGCGCCUGCAGUAUCAGAUGAAGAACGGACAACUGGACAAAGUCAACGAGCCCUUCUACUUGAUAUCAUUGAGCACUGAGAAUGGAGGAGCUUCGGAGGAUGUCGACUUUAGCUGCACAGCAGAGCAGCUGCAGGAUUUGGUUGGGAAGCUGAAGGAUGCCGCCAAGAGUGUGGAGAAAGCCAGUCAGAUGACCCAGCGAUUCCCCGCCGAGCCUUCAGGUGAGUCUCGGGUGUCGCGUGGAACUAGGGCGGGCGCUUCGGGGGCUUUGUUCUGCUGCGUUUUCCGCUCCGAUCCAGCGGUGGAUGCGGGGCUCUCGGAGGCGGCUGCGGCGAUCACCGACGUGGAGCUCCGAGGAUUCUGUCAGUGUCCCAACAUGCACCGCACGACCAGGAUAAAGAUCACUGAGCUCAAUCCUCACCUCAUCUGCGUCCUGUGCGGAGGAUACUUCAUAGACGCAACCACCAUCAUUGAAUGCCUCCACUCAUUUUGCAAAAUGUGCAUCGUGCGUUAUCUGGAAACCAGCAAAUACUGUCCUAUUUGUGACGUGCAAGUGCAUAAAACCAAGCCUCUUCUCAACAUUAGAUCUGACAAAACUUUACAGGACAUUGUGUACAAACUGGUUCCAGGACUCUUUAAAAAUGAAAUGAAGAGAAGGAGAGAUUUCUACGCAGAGCACCCCGUGGAUGCCUCGAACGGGUCACACGAGGAUCGGGGGGAGGUGGCAGAUGAGGACAAGAGAAUAAUCACAGAUGAUGAAAUCAUCAGCCUCUCUAUUGAGUUCUUUGACCAGAGCAGAUGUGCAGGAGGUGGAGCUGAUGACAAGCAGUGCAGGGAUCAGGUGACUAACAGAAGGUACCUGCAAUGUCCAGCAGCGAUGACAGUUAUGCAUCUGAGGAAGUUUUUGCGCAGCAAAAUGGACAUCCCAAACACCUACCAGGUGGAAGUCAUGUAUGAAGACGAGCCUCUUAAGGAUUACUACACAUUAAUGGAUAUAGCGUAUAUCUACACUUGGAGACGG